AUGGCGACCAAGAAGCCUAACAUCCUCUACAUCAUGGCUGACCAGAUGGCGGCCCCCUUGUUGUCACUGCACAACAAGGACUCGCGCAUCAAGACUCCCAACCUGGACCGUCUGGCCGAGGGUGGUGUGGUCUUUGACUCGGCCUACUGCAACUCUCCACUGUGUGCGCCGUCGCGCUUCGUCAUGGUCAGCGGCCAGCUGCCCUCCAAGAUCGGGGCCUAUGAUAAUGCCGCUGAUCUGCCUGCCGACACUCCGACCUAUGCGCAUUACUUGCGCCGCGAGGGCUACCACACAGCCCUGGCUGGCAAGAUGCACUUCUGUGGGCCUGACCAGCUGCACGGCUAUGAACAGCGUCUGACGAGCGACAUCUAUCCCGGAGACUACGGCUGGUCGGUCAACUGGGACGAGCCGGAAAUUCGCGCCGAUUGGUACCACAACAUGUCCUCGGUCAUGGAGGCGGGCCCCGUGGUGCGCACGAACCAGCUGGACUUCGACGAGGAGGUGAUCUACAAGUCGACCCAGUACCUGUACGACCAUGUGCGGCAGCGCACUGAGCAGCCGUUUUGUUUGACGGUGUCCAUGACGCACCCGCAUGACCCCUACGCCAUGACCAAGGAGUUCUGGGAUCUGUACGAGAACGUCGACAUCCCGCUGCCCAAGAAUCCGGCGAUUCCGCACGACCAGCAGGACGCGCACUCGCAGCGUGUGCUCAAGUGCAUUGACUUGUUCGGCAAGGAGAUGCCGGACGAGCGCAUCCGCGCCGCGCGCCGCGCAUACUAUGCCGCCUGCACCUACGUCGACACCAAUGUUGGUAAAUUGCUACGCGUUCUCGAGAACACCGGCCUGGCCGACGACACCAUCAUCGUGUUCACCGGUGACCACGGUGACAUGCUCGGCGAGCGCGGUCUGUGGUACAAGAUGACCUGGUUUGAGAACUCGGCCCGCGUGCCUAUGAUUUUCCACGCCCCCAAGCAUUUCGCCGCCCAGCGCGUGCCCGAGAACGUCUCGACUAUGGACCUUCUGCCGACCUUUGCUCAGCUGGCCGGUGCGCCGCUCAUCCCGGAGCUGCCCUUGGACGGUGUUUCCCUGGUCCCCUACCUGACUGGUGGCGAAGGUCCCCGGACCGACACCGUGUACGGCGAAUACAUGGGUGAGGGCACGCAGGCCCCGGUUGUGAUGAUCCGUCGGGGCCCCUGGAAAUUCGUGCACUCCGCCAUUGACCCGCCUAUGCUGUUUAACCUGGCGGCCGAUCCCGAGGAGAAGACGAACUUGGCCGCCGACCUCCCGGUGCCUGGCCGCGCCGCACCUAUCAAACCCGCCUCGGCGCUCGCUGCGGAACCCAACCUCCCCACGCCCAGCGACACGCCGCGCGCAUCGCCCGUGCCGCAACGUGCCGCGCAGGCCUCGUUCCCGUUCCCGUCGCCCACACCGCCGCGCACCCCGAGCCCCGCCAAGCUCCCGCCUGCGCUGCCGGACACCGCUGAUCCGGCCAAGAUACUGGCCUACUUCCUGGAAGAGGCCAGUGCCCGCUGGGACCUGGAGGCGAUCCGCCAGGACGUGCUGCGCUCGCAGCGCCGCCGCCGCCUCGUCUACUCGGCUCUGAUCCAGGGCACCCCAUCCAUCUGGGACUACGAGCCGCGCGUCGACCCGAGCACCCAAUACGUGCGCAACCAGGGCAAGGGGGUCCUGGACGACGUCGAGCUCAUCUCGCGCUGGCCGCGUGUGCUGCAGCAAGCCGCCACUGCCAAUGGCCUCUCGACUUAA